AUGGGCGAACUGUGCCAUGGGGCGUUGCCUUGUCACAGUACGACCUGGACAUCCGGAAGAGAAUAUUUGGACGAGAUUGCCGAAUCCCUGAUUCCGGCUAAGGGACGUGUCAAGGCACCCCCAGUGGUGAGUAUCGAGAUGCUCGAGGAAGAUUACCAAGGUGUCGUCCUAAGUUUCGACGGAGCCGCCAAGACGUCGACCAGGAGGGGUAGCUGCGGUUGUAUCUUAUGGCGACUUCCCGAAUGGAAGAUCAUCGAAGCGCGAGGAUAUAUCCUGGAUGAUGUCACGGUGAACGAUUCGGAAUACUACGGAUUGUUACACGGCCUGAAGUUGGCACGUGAGCAUGACAUCCAAGACCUUGUUGUCGUAGGUGACUCGAGGAUCGUGAUCCAGCAAGUUCAAGGACUAAUUAACUGCAACAAGCCUAAUCUGCAACGGAGACUGGCUGAGUGCGAAGUGCUACGGAAGAGAUUCAAGACAGUCAGGUUGGUGCACGUCAAACGUGACUUCAAUCAGGCAGCCGACUACUUAACAUCCAAGACACUCGCUCUUGGGGAGUCCUGGACGGUUCAAGAUGACGAAGAAAUCCGGCACCUGGAAGUCGUGUCCAAAAUCCAGGAGCAGAUGACGAAGCGGCCAGAGGUGGUCCAGGAUGCAGAAGUUGGUGUCCAGAAGGUGAUCGAUGAGGAAGUCCUGACCAGCGAUGUUCCAAAGCCUGGUUAG